UUCCAGUUUCAUAAAUGUUAGCUUGUUAAAGGACUACAUUUCCCACAAAAUAGCACAGAAAAGGGAGAAACGACAGCAUCGGACGAAAUUUGACAGUAUUUCAACUCAUGGAGAUGUUCAACCUUUCAGUGCGAAGAUGACAGAAGGAACGUGUGUUAGGAGAAGAGGGGGUCCCUAUAAGACCACAGCAGUGACCGAGCUGACCAACUGGAGGCUCAGUAAUGUGGAAGGAAGGCAGACAUGGAAAUACCUGGAGGAUGGAGACACUGAGGAGAGGGAGCAGAACUUCUUGGAAGCUCACUCUGUGGGUCUUGAGACGAGUAAGUUUGUCUCAGCUUCCCCAGCAGCUCAGACAGCAGGUGAAGCCGCUCAUAAAGGGAUGGAGUUUUAUAGCGGUCUUCAGGCUGAGGAUGGCCACUGGGCUGGAGACUAUGGAGGACCACUUUUCUUGCUUCCAGGUCUUCUCAUAACCUGCCAUGUUGCUAAAAUCCCUUUAUCAGAAGCCUGGAAAAAGGAGAUGGUUAGGUAUCUGCGUUCAGUUCAGCUACCAGAUGGUGGCUGGGGUUUACAUGUAGAAGACAAGUCAACUGUAUUUGGCACAGCUCUUAAUUACACCACACUGAGAAUAAUGGGAGUUGGGCCUGAUGACCCAGACAUGGUUCGGGCAAGGAACAACUUACACAGCAAAGGAGGUGCUGUGGGUAUACCGUCUUGGGGAAAGUUCUGGUUGGCCAUCCUCAAUGUGUACAGCUGGGAAGGGAUGAACACACUCUUUCCAGAGAUGUGGCUGUUUCCAACUUGGAUACCGGCACACCCGUCCACUUUGUGGUGCCACUGCAGGCAGGUCUACCUUCCCAUGAGCUACUGUUAUGCCAUCAGAUUGUCUGCAGAGGAGGACUCACUGGUGCUCAGCCUGAGACAGGAACUGUAUGUCCAAGAUUAUUCAACUAUUAACUGGCCAGCUCAAAGGAACAAUGUUGCAGCGUCAGACUUGUACACCCCUCACAGCACUCUGCUCACUGUCGCUUACUCAAUGCUGAACCUAUAUGAGGCACAUCACAGUACUGCAUUGAGAGGAAAGGCUGUGAAGGAACUGUACGAUCAUAUCCAAGCAGACGAUCGCUUUACAAAGUGCAUUAGCAUCGGGCCGAUCUCAAAAACCAUUAAUAUGUUGGUGCGCUGGCAUGUUGAUGGACCCACAUCACCUGCCUUCCAGGAGCAUGUGGCGAGGAUUCCAGACUACCUUUGGCUAGGUCUUGAUGGCUUGAAGAUGCAGGGAACCAAUGGUUCUCAGCUAUGGGAUACUGCCUUUGCCAUACAAGCAUUUCUUGAGGCAGGUGCCCAGAAGGACCCCAGGUUUACAGAGUGUUUAAUAAAGGCCCACCAGUUCCUAAAUAUAACUCAGGUUAAAGAAAAUCCCCCAGACUACAAGAAGUAUUACAGGCAAAUGAACAAGGGCGGCUUUCCCUUUAGUACACGUGACUGUGGUUGGAUCGUAGCUGACUGCACAGCAGAGGGCCUGAAGUCAGUGAUGUUACUGCAGGAGCAGUGCAGUUUCAUCUCGGAGCACAUUCCCUCACAAAGACUCUUUGAUGCAGUCAAUGUGCUUUUAAGCAUGAGAAAUUCUGAUGGUGGCUUUGCUACAUAUGAAACUAAACGUGGAGGGAAACUGCUGGAGCUACUCAACCCAUCAGAGGUGUUUGGUGAUAUCAUGAUCGACUACACCUAUGUGGAGUGCACAUCUGCUGUGAUGCAAGCUCUGAAGCACUUCCACCAUGCUUAUCCUGAGCACAGAGCACAGGAGAUUAGGAGUACACUUCAGCAGGGACUUGACUAUUGCCGAAGGAUGCAAAAGCCUGAUGGUUCAUGGGAAGGGUCAUGGGGUGUGUGCUUUACAUAUGGAGUAUGGUUUGGUUUGGAGGCUUUCGCAUGCAUGGGUCAUGUUUUCCAGGAUGGAUAUGAUGGGCAGGUAUGUGCCGAAGUGAGGCGUGCCUGUGACUUCCUGCUCUCUAAGCAGAUGGAGGAUGGAGGUUGGGGAGAGGAUUUUGAGUCGUGUGAGCAGAGGUGCUAUGUCCAAAGUCAAAAUUCCCAGAUUCAUAACACCUGCUGGGCUCUGCUGGGUCUGAUGGCAGUCAGGUACCCUGACAUCAUCGUCAUUGAGCGUGGAAUACAAGUUUUGAUUGACAAGCAGCUUCCCAAUGGAGAUUGGCCACAAGAGAACAUCUCUGGUGUUUUUAACAAGAGCUGUGCUAUCAGUUACACGUCCUACAGAAACGUGUUUUCAGUUUGGACUCUGGGCAGAUUCUCACGUCUUUACCCCUCCAGCUCACUUGCUAGGAAACUUGGAAGCGCUGCAAAAUGAUUUGUAAAGAGUUUCAUUUAAUUAUUUGCCUGGUGAAAAUUUCACUUCCGUACAAACCAGUGUGCUGCUUUUAGGACUGAUCAGUCAGUAAAGCUCUUUUGAGAUUGCAGUGGUUUGGCUUUAAAAAAAUUUAGUCAAAUAAUUGAUCUUUGUAAUUAAACUGUAUUUUUGAAAAAUAAAAAUUUCUUUAUAUAGUAUUAUGUAGUACGGUCCUGAGAUUUCCCAUUCGGUUACUCAGCUCUGUCAAAUAAAUGUCCAAAAAACA